AUGAGCUACGAUGAGGUGGAAGCAGCGCAAGAAGACAUGCAGACCGUUCUCGAGCCCGCAGAUCAACUCCAACAGGCAGCUUCUACCUUGGACCAGUUUGAGGAUGUGGAUCCUGAUGAUAUUGAAGCCCGCCCACCGGAAGAGGCUCAGGAGGCCAAAUGGCACUUCCACACGGGCGAGCAUAUGGGGAAAUGGAGCGGCUUCGAUGAAAGGGGCGUUCCCCACUUGAACGCAAAGGGCAAGAAGCUCACCAAGCAGGAGAAGGAGCUGGUGGAAACAGAGUACCUCGAAGCCAAGAAGGCCUACCAGCAACAGCUCAAGGCAAAAGAGCAAUGGGAAAGAGCACUGGAGGACGCAGAGAAAGCAUUGCGCGAGAAAGAUCGAGUUCGAUGGGCUUACAGGGCAGCAGGCCCAAGCAGGCACGCCCUCCUGCACAUUGAGGAUCUGGAGGCCCUAGUUGAACACGAUGUGCUGCAGGACUUUGUGAAGAAGAUGGGCUGGGAAGCUCUCAGACACAAAGACAUGGAAACACUUCAGUCUGAUGCGGAAGAACUUCUUCUCGAGGAUGUGCGGCAGUUUAUCAGCGAGGAGAUGGCAUCUAAGUUUCUGGACAACCGGCUGGACUAUUUCUUCAGCACAAAGACCCUUGAAGACAUCCAUUCCCCACGCACAUGGCGUCGGAAGCUGGACCAGGAUGUCUUGGCCCAGGUGGCUGAGCAGCAAUCAAACUCCAGCGGCUCAGGUGAGACCGAAUCCGUCCUCGACCCAUAUGGUGGCAUCUUACCAUACGAGGACACGGAGAGCACGAAGUGGUAUGGUGCUGUCGAGGACACCAAUACCCUCAUCAAGGAGGAACUCACCCCAGAAAGUUUCGAUGGAUUUCAAUGGAUCCCCGUCACACAAUGCGAGGUCACAUGGGAUGUUCUGCAAGUUCCGGAGAGAUCGGAUCCGAAGAAAGUGCUGGUCUGGGCCAAGGUAGGAGAGGAGAGCCAGGGAUCUGGCAACGACCUGAUUCUUUGGGAGGCUCCAGACAAGGAGGGCCUGAAAGCAUCUUGGAGGGAGGUGCAAAGUUUCGCCAAAGACGAGACUGAGAAGGCACCGGUGAAAGCAUCAGCGACCCAGCCACCAGCCGAGGUGAACGCAUCAGCGACCCAGGGCCUACAGCCUCCGGCACCUCCAGCUCCUCUGGAGGAGCCCGGGCAAGCAGCUGUGUCAGAGCUGCGGGUGAAAGCAAAGCCCAUUGAGCCAAAGAAGCUUUCAGUGAGCUACCAGCGACCGCUCAAGCAACCGGCCUCAAAAGCUCUAGCAAAGAGUUCUGGCUUCGCGCUGCCUCCACGACCUCCAAGACCGAAAGCAUCGAAUGUGCCCAGAGCCUUUCAGGCGAAAGGUGCCGCGGAGGAGCUAUCUUACGGCCCGGCGGUGAUUGAGGCUGCGCAGAUCGACCGUAUGCCAGAGAUGGCCAAACCGAUGGCUGCUGGAAAGGCAUGGGCCGGAGUCAAGAGGAGCACGGCAACGCCCUGGAGAGGGAGCAAGGUCAAGAGAACGCGAUAG